GCGGCCCUCUGUAAUGGCGGAGCGUGGCGGGGACGGGGGGGACGGUGAGCGGUUCAACCCGGGGGAGCUCAGGAUGGCUCAACAGCAGGCCUUGAGGUUCCGAGGCCCUGCUCCCCCACCAAAUGCAGUGAUGCGAGGCCCACCACCUCUCAUGCGACCUCCUCCACCUUUUGGUAUGAUGCGAGGCCCUCCUCCACCACCUCGGCCCCCUUUUGGACGUCCUCCUUUUGAUCCUAAUAUGCCGCCAAUGCCUCCUCCAGGAGGGAUACCUCCACCUAUGGGCCCUCCACACCUUCAGAGACCACCUUUCAUGCCUCCACCCAUGGGAACCAUGCCUCCUCCUCCGGGUAUGAUGUUUCCACCAGGAAUGCCUCCUGUGACUGCUCCUGGCACUCCAGCAUUGCCUCCUACUGAGGAGAUAUGGGUUGAAAAUAAAACUCCAGAUGGGAAGGUUUAUUAUUAUAAUGCUCGGACUCGUGAAUCUGCGUGGACCAAACCAGAUGGAGUUAAGGUUAUUCAGCAAUCAGAACUGACACCUAUGCUUGCAGCCCAAGCACAGGUUCAGGCCCAGGCCCAGGCCCAGGCCCAGGCGCAGGCUCAAGCCCAGGCCCAGGCCCAGGCCCAGGCACAGGCGCAAGCCCAGGCCCAAGCUCAGGCUCAGGCACAGGCACAGGCACAGGCGCAGGCACAGGCGCAGGCACAGGCCCAGGCCCAGGCCCAGGCGCAGGCGCAGGCGCAAGCUCAGGCCCAGGCCCAGGCACAAGUACAAGCACAAGCAGUAGGAGCUUCUACCCCUACAACCAGUAGCCCUGCACCUGCAGUAUCCACUUCAACAUCAUCAUCCACCCCAUCCUCUACCACUUCUACCACAACAACUGCCACUUCGGUUGUGCAGACAGUAUCAACACCCACAACACAAGAUCAGACCCCAAGUUCUGCUGUUUCUGUUGCCACGCCUACAGUUAGUGUUUCAACUCCUGCUCCUACAGCCACACCUGUGCAAACUGUUCCCCAGCCGCACCCCCAGACGUUACCUCCUGCUGUUCCUCAUUCAGUACCUCAGCCAGCAGCAGCAAUACCUGCUUUUCCACCAGUAAUGGUACCUCCGUUUCGUGUUCCCCUUCCUGGCAUGCCAAUUCCACUUCCAGGUGUAGCAAUGAUGCAAAUAGUCAGCUGCCCGUAUGUAAAGACAGUCGCUACCACCAAGACCGGUGUAUUGCCAGGAAUGGCCCCUCCUAUUGUACCCAUGAUACACCCCCAGGUUGCUAUUGCAGCUUCACCUGCUACCUUAGCUGGAGCAACAGCAGUUUCUGAGUGGACUGAAUAUAAAACAGCAGAUGGGAAAACCUAUUAUUAUAACAACAGAACAUUAGAAUCAACCUGGGAAAAACCCCAAGAACUAAAAGAAAAAGAAAAAUUAGAAGAGAAGAUUAAAGAGCCAAUUAAAGAGCCCUCUGAAGAACCUCUGCCAAUGGAGACGGAGGAGGAGGAUCCUAAAGAAGAGCCCAUGAAGGAGAUAAAGGAGGAGCCCAAAGAAGAGGAGAUGACUGAAGAAGAAAAGGCUGCCCAAAAGGCAAAACCAGUAGCUACUACUCCUAUUCCUGGUACUCCAUGGUGUGUGGUUUGGACUGGAGAUGAACGGGUCUUUUUUUAUAAUCCCACCACUCGUCUUUCUAUGUGGGACCGACCUGAUGAUUUGAUUGGAAGGGCAGAUGUUGACAAAAUUAUUCAGGAACCCCCUCAUAAAAAAGGAUUGGAAGACAUGAAGAAACUAAGACACCCGACCCCAACAAUGCUGUCCAUCCAAAAGUGGCAAUUCUCUAUGAGUGCAAUUAAAGAAGAACAAGAAUUAAUGGAAGAAAUUAAUGAAGAUGAGCCUGUCAAAGCAAAAAAACGGAAGAGAAUGUCAAAGAAGUCCUUUAUGUGGAUUGCCCGAGCUUCUCUAUUUAGGCGAGACGAUAAUAAAGACAUUGAUUCAGAGAAAGAAGCUGCCAUGGAAGCUGAAAUUAAAGCUGCCCGAGAAAGGGCCAUUGUCCCUCUGGAGGCACGAAUGAAGCAGUUCAAGGACAUGCUGCUAGAGAGAGGGGUGUCUGCUUUUUCAACAUGGGAGAAAGAGUUGCACAAGAUAGUUUUUGAUCCUCGGUACUUACUUCUCAAUCCUAAAGAAAGAAAACAGGUGUUUGAUCAGUAUGUAAAGACCAGGGCAGAGGAGGAACGCAGGGAAAAGAAAAACAAAAUAAUGCAAGCCAAGGAAGAUUUCAAAAAAAUGAUGGAAGAAGCAAAGUUUAAUCCAAGAGUUACUUUUAGUGAAUUUGCAGCCAAACAUGCUAAAGAUUCAAGAUUCAAAGCAAUUGAAAAGAUGAAAGAUCGAGAAGCAUUGUUUAAUGAAUUUGUGGCAGCUGCAAGGAAGAAAGAGAAAGAGGAUUCGAAGACCAGAGGUGAGAAGAUUAAAUCAGAUUUCUUUGAACUAUUAUCAAAUCAUCACUUGGACAGUCAGUCUCGAUGGAGCAAAGUAAAAGACAAAGUAGAAAGUGAUCCACGUUACAAAGCAGUGGAUAGUUCAUCAAUGAGAGAAGACCUUUUCAAACAGUACAUUGAAAAAAUAGCCAAGAAUUUAGACUCCGAAAAAGAGAAAGAGCUUGAAAGGCAAGCUCGCAUUGAGGCAAGCCUUCGGGAAAGGGAAAGGGAGGUUCAAAAAGCUCGUUCAGAACAAACAAAAGAAAUAGAUCGAGAGCGAGAGCAACACAAACGAGAAGAAGCCAUCCAGAAUUUCAAGGCUCUUCUGUCUGACAUGGUACGUUCUUCAGAUGUGUCGUGGUCUGAUACUCGGAGGACUCUCCGAAAAGAUCACCGCUGGGAAUCUGGAUCCUUAUUGGAAAGAGAGGAGAAAGAGAAGCUUUUUAAUGAACAUAUUGAAGCACUCACCAAAAAGAAAAGGGAGCACUUUAGGCAACUUCUGGAUGAAACCUCUGCGAUUACCCUAACAUCCACGUGGAAAGAAGUAAAAAAAAUCAUUAAAGAAGAUCCUCGGUGCAUUAAGUUCUCUUCUAGUGACAGGAAAAAACAAAGAGAAUUUGAAGAAUACAUCAGAGACAAGUACAUCACAGCUAAAGCUGACUUCAGGACGCUUUUGAAAGAGACCAAAUUUAUAACAUAUAGAUCCAAAAAGCUAAUCCAAGAAUCUGAUCAGCACCUGAAAGAUGUAGAAAAAAUUUUGCAGAAUGACAAACGGUAUCUAGUACUGGACUGUGUGCCAGAGGAGAGGCGUAAACUGAUUGUGGCAUAUGUUGAUGAUCUGGAUCGCCGGGGUCCACCGCCACCUCCCACAGCGUCAGAGCCCACUAGACGAUCAACAAAAUAAAUCUAAAUACUCUUCCACAGGGGUAUCUAUUAAUUCAAAACACUUGCAUGAGCCAAUUUUCAGGUUUUACAUAUAUGUGCAUUAGUCAACCUAUUGGAAAACCAUCUGACGAACAGGAGAAGCAAUCUCGAACAGUUUCUGAACAGAACAUUUUGGAAAUACGCUUUUCUUUGUGUGGCAUGACUGACAUACAUACUCAAAUAUAGGCUAUCUCUAGUAAAUCUAAAAUAUUGAAGCUAAAAAUCAUCUUUUUAUGAGGUGUGGAAGUCAGUGACUUGGUGACGUUCUUUCUAGCAGUGUUAUACAUGCAAGACAAAAGAGCAUUUGUGGUUUGAACUUGCAAGAUGCAAAUACCACAGACUCCCAAGAAAACUUAAGUUGGGGUUUGUUUUGAUUUUGUUUUUUAAAGCGGGUAAAAGAGAAAACACUGAAAAUUGAAUUCUUCCAGAGGCUAAGAAUAUUAUAAUGGACAUACUUUUACCUUUGUCUCUAAAGAACAGUUUAGUUUUAUUUGUUCACUUAUGUGCUUUGAUUAUUCCCUCUGAAUUAUAGGCCAAGUCUUGUUGUUUAGCCUAAGAGAAGAUUUAUUUAGUAAUUUCUUCUCAGGUAUGGAACCACAUUCAUAACUAACAUGUUGACCAGAAUAGAACUGCUGGUUGGACAUAUUUUAUUCUCCAUUAAAUGAUCUUUAUCAAUAUUCUGGAUUAGACAACAAAAUUACCUUUCUGGGUGUUCCCUGUAAACUAUACUCCUGUUUGAAUGUUAAACUUUUGUUUCUAAAGUUUAAGAUGUUUGAAUGUUCAGUUUAUGUAUUUGAACUACAAUAAACCAACCCUUUUUAUAUAUGUGGAUUGUAUAUGAUUAUUGUUACAAAAGUAUAAGAACUAAUUUUUUACCUAUUUUUAAAAGAAACAGCAAGUGGAAUUUGAAUCUUGAAUAUUACAUAGUUUUAAAAAUUUUGAAUAUGAAUCCAUUAUUUCCCACUAUAAAGAAAAGAAAUUUGUAGAGUACUAUUUUUUGGGUGCUGAAGUCCCUUAGUAAUACUUACUGCUUACUAGAAAGAAGAUGCUGGUUUUUGUUGUUUUUCUUUGCUUUGUUGUGUUUUAUUGGCAUUUAUAUUAACAUUGAUGGUUUGUGCUUUUUUAACAUCCUUUCAAUAUGUCAUGCAUAUCACACCAUGAAACUGAUUCUCAAUUGCAUUUUCUAACUUUAUCUCCCCAGUCAAAAAACAAAAUAGAACUUUUUAUCCUCUCAUAGCUUGUCAGUUUAAGUGCCACAUAAAAGUUUUUUCCUGUGACCUCAUACCUACUGAUUACAACAGAAAGAGGGAAUACAAACAGACCUGUAUUUGUAAGUUAUAUGUAUAUAGUUAGAGACUAUGCACAUCCGUAUUACUUGGUAAAUAGCUUGAAUCUAUUAAGUGCCAUGGAAAUUAUGUGAACUCUGUAGAAACCUGGCCCUGAUUGAUCAAAGUAAGGUCUUAAUCUGAAAAAAUGAUAAAUAAGGUUUGUAUUUUUUUCCUCUCUCGUUUUGAAAUUUAUUUUUAUAAAUUCACCAAGUGAAGUGUUUGCCAAAAGGAACCCAACUAUUAUAGAAAUAUUACUGCUCUUCAAAUGUUUUUACAUCUUAUUUUGUUCUUCUAAAUUCCACACAGAAUUGUUUGCUUACUUAACCACAUUCUGUUUUCUUACAGUAGAUCAGCAGUGUUAAGAAAAUGACUUGGUGAUAUCUCAUACUUUUAAAAUAUUUGAGUUUGGUUGUUCAUAUAAAGUACAAAUCAAAAUUUUCUGUAUAGAUUUU